GUUCAGGGGCGCUUCCGCAAGGACGGCCUGCUUAAGACCUACUACAAGCCGGACGAGGUGGACUGCUCCGGUGCCAAAAAGGUCUACAUGGACGUCCGUCCCCACGAUCUGAAACGGAUCGACGAUGCGCGGGAGCAGUUUGGGCUCGUCUUCGUGCUACAGCUUUGGUGGAUGGACCCUGAUUUGAGAGACUUCCCGUCGAAGCUUGUGCUUCGGAAGCCGGAUGCACCGGGAGACGUGCCCUACAUCCAAGAGAUCGACGUGGUGGUUCGGCGCCUGGAUCUCGACGGCACCCUGACAUAUGAGGAGCUCCCACAUCGGCAUGGCCGGAGGACUGCCAAGAAGGACGAGUAUGUCUACCUGCAUCCGCCGGCAUGGAAGUAUCACUUCUUCCCCAAGUACACCAUCAUGAACAAGGUCUUCGACGAGGAGGCCAAGGAGGACCAGGCCUUUGAGCCCGAGCUGCUCUGGUGCAACGAGGAGGGCGGCUUCGUGCAGUGCAGGGUCCGGUACGACACCACCUUCGAGGAGCCGCUGGAGUUGAACACCUUCCCCGUGGACCGCCAGCUCUGCCGACUGAAAAUCACUGCCGAGAUGCCCGUGGAGGAGUUCCAGUUCAUCACGCUCGACACCUGCAGGCGACUGGCGAAGAUCCAGGACAUGUGGGAAGUCGACCCCGACCAUCAGUGUGUUGUGUACGUGCGGCACCCCGACGAGCACCUCCCAGGUGGCAUGAUAACCCAAAGGUCGCUGGUGAACGUCGUACUGCACGUGCAGCGCCAGCCGGACUUCUUUUUCCAUUCUGUGGCCUUCAUGGUCAUGCUCAUCAACAUCAUCAGUCUCUGCUCCUUCGCGAUCAGGCCACACUACAGUUCUGGCAGGCUCUCCUUCCUAAUUACUUGCUUCCUUGCGGUGGUUGCAUACCGCUACAUCGUGAAUGACUCUCUGCCCCGGAAAUCCUACAUGACCUCGGCAGAUGUUUACAUCACCUUCGCGUGCUUGUUUCAGACCGCCCAGUGCCUCUGGACGAGUGGCCUCAUGGUCGGCCUGCGGAUGACCGGCGGCUACGAUGAGCGCAGUGAAAGCUGGCAUUGGGUCCUGAUGCUGGACGCUGCCUUCGGGGGGCUUUGCCUUCUCUGCCUCAUCCUCUCUCACGCGUGGCUGAAGACAGGAGCUUUCCGGCGAAAGAGCUGGCGGGAAGUUUACGACUUCAACAAGGAGCCCUUCAUGCCGGUGGAGGAGGGAGCUUCAGAAACUGAGAAGCCCCUAAACCCUAAACCCUAA